ACCACAUUGGUAACCCUGGUGAAGCAAGAUGGCGUCAUGUAAAGUAUAAAAUUUUGAGGUUAAGAAUCAUUACAGAGACAAACUACGGAAAUGGGUCGAAAAAUACCAGGAAGAAAGCAUAAAGGUGUUAAAGACCCUUUGCAACAACAAGCCAAGAGAAAUGCUCUUUUACAGAAUAAAAUAAAUGCACCACCAGAAAUUGUCGAUUUCCAAGAGAUACCUAAAAGCGUGGAACGAUUAAUGAGAAUAAAUCAGGCGCUUAAAGAUGGUCCGAUGCAGGUAAAGAAAAGGAGGAGGAGAAAGAAGACGCAGAAAAAUGAACUUAUCAAUACAGAAAAUUUUGUAGGAAGAGAUAUAAGGCUGCCAGGAAUGACAAAGGAAGAUAAACCAAUACCAUCAUUUGUUCAGAAUCCAGGGGAAAGUGAUAGUCAUUUCUUGCACAGGAUUGAUCAGGCAUGUCAUCAAGUAAUUCAGGAAGCAAAGUUUGAGGCAAAAUAUGGUGUUAAUGUCAGAGUUGAUCCUGACACUGGAGAAGUGUCAGUAACAAAACAACCAAAGGAUGAAAUCGAUGGGAUGGAAAAUUCGUCACGUAAGAAGCUAAAGAAGAGAGAUGCUGAAACAAAGUCAAGCAAGAAAGAACGGAAGAAGCAGAAACUGAAGGAAAUGAAGGAAGUAAAAAUAGAGAAAAAUCAGGAUGAUUUUGCGAGGUUUCAAGAUAAAGUGAAAUUUGGUGAAACAGUUCAUGCCCCACCUGCAAUUAAAACUCUACCACGGAAAGCAGAUACAAAAGAUGCAAAAGACAGGCCUGGAAAGAAGGAUUUGUUGCUGAAACCGAUGUUGCAGACAAAGAUCGAGCAUAUAUCUACAUUUUCAAGGAAGUUGCCUUUAGCCACAAAGCAGCAGUUGGAGUUGCAGAGAGUACAAGCAGUUGAGGCAUACAGAAUGCUGAAAGCUCAGAAAUAGAAUUCUGUAGCUGAUCACAAUGCCUUCAUUUAUUAUGUACUUUUGUAAAUAAAUAUAUUCACAUGUUUA